UGAACUUUAGAAAACGUCAGAAACCCGUUCUCUCUCUUACUCUCUCGUUUACAUCAAACACGCGCCGAACCCCGCUCCACCACCCCCCUCCCUCCCGGCCUACGGCGGUGGCGGCCCAGUGUCGGAACCGUAGCCAUCGUCUAAGCUUCCCUAUUCGGCCGCUUCAAGCCUCCCACCCGAUCGAGACUCAUGAGGAUGGAAAAACCAGAGGAAAAACGAGCGAAAACAUAGGAAAAAUCAACGAAAAACAAAGGAAAGACGGAAAAAAUUAACAGGCUCCAUUGGCAAGCUUCCAAAAAGCAAGCGUUAGUAAAACCUUUUGGUAAUCAUGGCUACCUUUGCUAAGCCAAAGAAUGCUUUGAAGUUUGCUGAGGGUGUUUUGUCCUGAAGUAAAUAUUGGUGACACGGGGUAUCAGAUCAAAUCUUACUAUGGGUACAAGCGCAUUAUCAAAGACCAGCCACAUCGAUGGGUUGAUGGCCACUUAAAUGACAUCCUUGCCCCGGUGGAGGCCUUCCACCUCCAAAACAUGUUCCAGAGCAUCAUAAAGCAUGACCAGAGAUUUGAUUUUGAUCGUGUCCCUACUGUUGUCGAGCUAUGCUAUCAUGCAGGAGCUGAUGUAUCGGAUGAAGUUCUGCAUAACCACAUCCCAGUACCAAAUUCUAGCAAAGAUGAUGCAAGUGUGACAUUCUCUGGAUCAUUAGAAGAGUGGAGUUUGGUAGCUCAAAGAACUUUGGACGCCUGGGAGAGGCUCAGAAUUGGAGUGCAGAAGCUAUUGCUAGUAUACCCAGCAAAAGUCUGCGAGCACUGUUUGGAAGUUCAUGUUGGGCCAUCAGGACACAAGGCUAGGCUUUGUGGUGUUUUUAAAUUUGAGAGCUGGAGGGGGUCCCAUAUGUGGAAAAAGGCAGAGGUAGAUGACCUCGUGCCUCCGAAAUUGGUGUGGCAUCCACGGCCCCAUGAUCCUCCUGUUCUUGUGGACAGCGAGCGCAGUUUUUACGGACAUGCACCAGCUGUGGUGGAGCUUUGCAUGCAGGCAGGUGCAAGAGUGCCAUCAAAAUAUUUUUGUAUGAUGAAGGUGCACGGACUAACAACCAAAUGAGCUAUAGAAGAGGUUGAUUGCUUGAAAGCUCAAUUCAAAAUUGGAAUUUGUGUACGAGGCGUUUGAUGCAGUCUUGCAGAGGGAAAAAUAUGGAAAAGUUGGAAUAUAUAUGGAAAGUUUUGUCCAAGUGCUGAAGAAAGCAUCUUUAGGCAAUUUGUCUUUGUUGUAUAGGUGUUUAUACUUUCAAGAUCGAGCUGGAGAUCAUGUUAGUUGAGAAGGUUCAUUUGAUGUUAUCAUUGGACCAGAGAAAGCAUCUACUGGAGGGUGUGGAACUGGGUUUGAUUAAAAAUGUUAAUAACCAUUGGACUGUUUUUGGAUAGUUAGUGAGAGGGUCGAAUGGGCUAAAUCAGGGAUUUAUUGACAUUGUAAGUUGAUGUUUAUAUCCGUCAGAAACAUGUAUCAUUGAAAUGUUGAAAAGAGCAUGAAGGAAAGAAAAAAAACUUUUUGCUUUGAGAAACAUUUAUGCCUUUUUUUUAAUGUGAAUUAAAAACAAAUCAACAGGUCUUAUGUUUCUGCAUGAAA